CAAAAUAAGUUCAUUUUUUCUUUCUUUUUUUCCCUCAUCUCCUUUUUUUUUUCUUCAUCUUGUCAUCUCGGUUGCUCAUCAUGUCGUUUACUAUUGAAAAAAAGAAAUUACGUACAUUCAGUCCUAUUAUCUUAUUUCAUGACUAUGAGUAUGUAAAGUCUGGAUCAGGUGACUUGGAGCAUGUUCAUAUUCCUUAUGGUGACCCUUCUUAUGGACGUCAUUUAGAUGUUCAUAAGAAGAGGAUUCAAGAAAUGCUUGAAACAAAUGGUCGAUAUUGGCUUGAUAUCAUUACUUGGACAAGAGAUCAUUCGCCUGUACCUUCAUUAGUCUCUUCACCUAGUCCACCUCAUAUCAAAAGCUAUUCGCCACCACCACCUUUAGAGGGCCUACGCCUUCGUACACAUCAUCCUCAUAAGAACAUGACUACAUCAAGCCAUGUUCAUCAAUCAACGAUGAAGAUGAAUAAUGAAAAACGAGCUUCUACAUCAUCUACUAUCUCCAACGCAUCCAACUCAUCCACAAAUAAACGCCGACGUGGGAAUCUGCCAAAAGCUGUGACAGCCAUCCUACGUGAUUGGCUCUCACGACAUAAGAAACACCCGUAUCCAACCGAAGAGGAAAAAGCAGCUUUGGCAGCUGAAACAAAUUUAAAUUUGAAUCAGAUUAGUAACUGGUUUAUUAAUGCAAGAAGACGCAUUUUGCAGCCCAUGUUAGAACAAGAAGAAGAAGAAAAAGAGCAACACUUGCUUGAAUCAUCAUCUCAUGAAUUAGACAUGAUGUCUUAUGAUAAACAUACUUUUGAUGAUGUGUACCAUGAUCGACGACUUCGAAAAAGAUCAGCUUCUGAUAUCUUUUCAGCCAAAUACCCACCACCCAAAAGAAUGACACUUCCUAACUAUAUCAAAAGAAGAUAAAAAAAAGAGAGAGAGAGAGAGAGAGAGAGAGAGAGAGAGAAUGUUAUAUAUAUAUAGUGUAUUAUUAUUAUUAUUGUUAUUAUUAUUAUUAUUGUUUCUUAUUGCCUGGUGCAUCUUAUAGUAUGAUUUACCCCAAUUCUUUAUUUCCAUACAUACUUUCCAUUUCCUAAAGAAGCCAUGUGACCCUUCUCUUUUUCUAUUUUGUUACUUUGCAUUAGAUAAUAUAAAACCGUCAUUUGAACGUCAAAUCAGGUCAAGUAUGCACGUGCAUUCUUUUCUUAUGAUUUUUUAUUUUUAUUUGACAUAUUCGUCUAUCUACUUAUCCUAACAUGACGAAUAUACUUCAAAUAACGGACAUUCAACUUUGAAAUAAAUUUUGAUGAGACAAUAAAAAAAAAAA